UCCGGCUCCCGCUGCCGCCGGUGCCGCUCCCGCCGCCCGCGGGAUGUACGCCGGGAGGAAGAGGAAGAAGCCGGUGCCCAAGAGCCCCAAACCACCACCUGCUGAGGGUGUGAAGUCCAACCCCUCCAAGCGGCACCGCGACCGGCUCAACCAGGAGCUGAACAAGCUGACGGGGCUGCUGCCCUUCCCUGAGGAUGUGCGCUCCAGGCUGGAUAAGCUCUCCAUCCUACGGCUGGCCGUUGGAUACCUGAAGGUCAAGAGCUACCUGACAGCCACAGCUCCAAAGGCUGGCAGCUGCCUGCUGGAUCAGCCCAGAGCCCCAGGGGGGAACAGACAUACAGACCUGCAGGUCGACAGGGAGCCGUUUCCUGAGGGGGAACUGCUGCUCCAGGCACUCAAUGGCUUUGUCAUCGCUGUGACAGGAGAUGGCUACAUCUUCUACAUCUCCCCUACAGUGCAGGACUACCUGGGCUUCCAUCAGUCGGAUCUCAUCUACCAGAGCGUGUAUGAGCUGAUCCAUGCGGACGACAGAGCUGCCUUCCGCCGCCAGCUGCACAGGCCCCCGGCACGCGCAGCCGAUGCCGUUCCCGCUGAGCAGCCACCGCUGGCUGGAUGCAGCGCCACGUCCAGCCCCCAGCACGUCCGUCCUGAGGAGCAAUCCCUCACGGAGAGGAGCUUCACCUGCCGCUUCCGCUGCUUGCUGGAUAACUCCUCAGGAUUUCUGGCCUUGAAUUUCCGUGGGCGCCUGAAGUUCCUUCUCGGGCAGCAGAAGUUGGCAUCAGACAAGUCCCCCGUUGCUCUCUUUGCCAUUGCAACACUCCUCCAGCCGCUCUCCAUCCUGGAACUUCAGACCAAGACGCUGAUCUUCCAGACAAAGCACAAGCUGGACUUCACUCCUAUGGCCUGUGAUUCCCGGGGGAAGGUUGUCCUGGGAUACACGGAAAGGGAGCUGUGCCGGAGGGGCUCCGGGUACCAGUUUGUGCACGCGGCUGACAUGAUGCUCUGCGCAGAGAACCACGUCAGGAUGAUGAAGACGGGGGAGAGCGGGCUGACGGUGUUCCGGCUGCUGACCAAGCAGGGCGGCUGGCUGUGGGUGCAGUCCAACGCACGGCUCGUCUACAAGGGGGGCAGGCCCGACUUCAUCAUCUCCCGCCAGAGAGCCCUCUCGAAUGAAGAAGGGGAGGAACAUCUGCAGAAGAGAAACCUGCAGCUGCCUUUUAGCUUUGCCACGGGGGAAGCAGUCUUGUAUGAGAAUGACCUUCCCGGGUUCCUGGACCCCUUCCAAGCCAAAGAGGAGUUGCAGACACAAGCAAAUUCCCACUCAAAGCAGCACAUGGUAGACCCCAACUCUCUCCUUGGGGCCAUGAUGAAGCAGGAUGCAUCCAUAUACAACUCCCACGCUGAUAACAUGCCUCAGUUCUCCUUGGCAGAUUUCAUCUCUGAGCCCGAGGGACUGGGCAGGAAUGAGGACAUCAGUGAUGCCAAGGAGGACAGCGACUCCCUCCUGGUGGUGAUAGAAACCCUCUUUGAGAAGAGCGAGGUGGAGGGAAAUGUCUGCCAGAGUCUCAGCAUGGACCAUGCAGAGCUGCAGCAGUGGGAGGAGGCUCUGCUCAGCUUGGGGGCAGAGGAGGAGUCACCGGCUCAGGGGGUUGGCCAGAGGCCAGGCACCGAGGUGACAUCCUGUGUGGAGCAGAUGCUCCUCGGGGAGGAUGCUGGGAAGAGUGCGGACUUCCCACACUGCAAUGAGGAAAACAGCGUUGUGGCUCAUUUCCAGCACUGCUGGGCAGCUAAUUCAGUGCCUCAAUCCCCAGCACAGCCCCAGGCCCCGGGUGCACAAGGAGGCCGAGGUGCUGUGGUCUCUGCAGGCUCCGUUAGCUCUGAGGUGAGCUCAGCUCAGCCAGAGCAGCAGGUCCCGUUUGACCCAGCUGGGCUGGUGGGAGGGACUGUGCUGGGUGUCCCGGUCCCCAGCACCAAAUCCCCUGUAGCACUUCAGCGGGCAAGCCAAGUGCUUCAAGCAGAAGUUGCCCCCUCUGCUCCUGUGGAUAACUCUGUUCCUGUUGCUCAGAGCCAUCUGGGGUGCCAGCUGCUGGGCUCAAGCUGCCCGCCUCCCGUGCACUCAAACACAUUAGUGACUCGGUGGCACCAUGUCCCGCUACAGGCAAACCUGGCUUUGGGUCAGGGUGCUCCUCCUGGAGGCUGCCCAUCAGCAGCUUGGAUGUCCAGAGCUCCGAAACAGCUGGAAGCAGCAGGAGCGCACGUGGAGUCCCAGAAUCUGCUGGCUGGAUGCCCCGAGAGCCCCCCGGGGGCCGGGCUGUGGCUGCCACCCCCCUCCCAGCCUGCUCCUUGCCCUGCCCAGGGCUUGCAUGAGUCCUUGUUCUCAGGGGAUGGGAACCUCCGUGAGGAGGAGGCUGCUCUCCCUGCAAGAGUGCCAGCACCCUUAGGAGCCAGGCAGCUGCCAGGGGAUGGUGGCUUCCCCAAACAGCCCCUGACACCCCACCUAGAGCCCAACGUUUCCUGGGAAGGGGAACAGGCAGUGCUCCGAGAGGCCGAGUGGAUCUCACAGCACCAGCUGUGGCUCCCCCAGGCUGGGGCAGGUCCAGUACAACACAGCGGGCUCCUGCUGGCAUCCAGCCCGGCUCCCAGCACCCACCGGAUGGACCAUGUCGUGCCGCCGGAGUACCAGUAUGGAAAUAGCCUUCUUAGGCAGGAGACCAAUUUCCUCAGGGACGCCUCCAAAGUAUCCCUUCCCCAGCAGCUGGGUGCCUUGCCUUGCCCCAGUGAGAACCAUCCCGGAGCAUCCCGUCCCUCGGCGCGCUCGGUUCCGAGGUGCUCAGCAGCUGCCCCUGGGAAGGGGGGUGCAGGAGCACCCCCGUGCUCGGAGCGGGGCCCUGGCUGCCCGGCGGGGCCCUCGGUGGGCGGGCAGCGGCUCUGUGCCUGUGACAUCCAGCCCAAGGUGAGGUGUGAGGGCUGCAGGACAUGAGGGGUGCCCCGGCUCGUGGGGAGGCAGCGAGGGGAGCUGCCAGGGGCUGCGGGCACACCGGCCUUUGUGGGCAGCCUGCUUUGAAACAUCACUGUGAACUGGGAGCCGCAUUUUGGAAAGCCACCAGCAGCUGGGGGCUCUUCUCAUACCUGCAAGCGGUGCCCUGUGCUUCCUGGUCACUCAGCAUUUUGUCUUCCAGUGCUGUCAGGCAGUCGAAGAUGCAGUGGUUUGGACUUUUUUUUCCCAUGAGAAGUCUUUCAGGGAGAUGCAGCCGUGCCAGUGUGGAGGUCUGUGGGCUCAGGGGGUCCAGGGAAGGACACUGUGCUCGCCUGGCCCAUGUGCUUGGGGCAGCCUCUUGCAGGUGGACCUUCUCCCUCGCAUGUAGCGCUGCAGGUAGCACUGAAUGGCUGUUUCUUGACUCAGUGUGGUCUCCUCAUCACCUGUGUGUGUGGACCACCCUUGUCACGUUGCUGUUCAGUCCCCUGCAUCAUCUCCACCUGCCUGAGUCCCUCUGCUCCCUCCCUCCUGUGCUCUCUAUCUCCUCCAGAGCCCCUG